AUGGCCUCUAGGUACUCCAAAGUCCAUGAGUUCCCCGCCGGGCCCAGCGACGACCGCCCUGUUGCCACGCAAAUCAUUGAAGACGAGGGCCUUGAAGGAAAUUGGCAGGACAAAGUCAUUCUUAUCACUGGCUGCUCAUCUGGCCUAGGUGUAGAGACCGCGCGUGCUCUUGCAAUAACCGGUGCUACGCUCUAUCUGACUGCUCGAGAUCUCGAAAAGGCAAAGGCUGCCCUUGGCGACCUCGCGCAGAGCGACCGUGUCCAUCUGCUCCGGCUUGAUCUUAGCUCUCUUGCAAGCGUGCGAGCUUGCGCUACUGAGUUCAAUGCCAAGAGUUCCAAACUAAACAUCUUCAUCGCUAACGCAGGAGUGAUGAUGGUACCAGAGGGCAGCACUGCCGACGGUUUCGAAACCCACCUUGGCACAAACCAUCUCGCACACUUUUUGCUGUUCGAACUGUUGAAGCCUCUUUUAUUGGCCUCGUCGACAACCGAGUUUCACUCUCGCGCAAUUUUUCUAUCUUCCAUCGCGCACCGUACCUCGGAGGUCAACUUCGAUAACCUGAACCUUAAUAGCAACUACCACCCGUGGGUUGCAUACGCCCAAAGCAAGACAGCCAACAUUUGGACUGCGAACGAGAUUGAACGACGGUACGGGCCUCGUGGCCUCCACUCCUGGAGCGUUCAGCCUGGUCCGACGAGUACUGGAUUGUACCGACACAUGUCUGAAGAAGACGUAGCAGCAAGCCGAUCCGACCCGGCUCUGGCAAAGGCUUUCAAAUCUGUCGCCCAAGGUGCUGCCACCACAGUUUGGGCUGCUACCGCUAAAGUUUUGGAAGGAAAGGGAGGCAAAUAUCUUGAGGAUUGCCAAAUUUCCAGCCCGGCUGAUCCUGCCGCCGGACCUUGGGCCCCGGGGCAUGCCUUGUUUGCAUACGAUGAGCAAAAGGAGGCCAGGCUUUGGACCAAAUCUUUGCAACUUACAAGAUUGGGGAUAUAA